GGAUGUGAGGAGCUGUAUGUGAAGACAUGGAGGGCGUUGCUUGCCGCCGCCCCCCGUUCUGUUCCUGUAUGUCUGCUGCUAUGGGGAGAUAUGACUAGAAGCGGACCUGGAAUGAUGUGAGAUAUACAUUGGGGCCAUUAUUUAGGACCGCACUUCUAGUCAAGUUUGGACCUUGGUGCUUUGCUCUUUUCAGAACAAUGUCUGAAGACCACAUUGCAAUGCAUGAGGAGUUUAUAUACUGUGGUGGAGCUGCCACCGAGGUUUUGAAAUAUGGCCCAUGGAUAAAUCUAAAGAAGACAAGUGGAGAAAGUCCACCUAAGCUUUUAUUUUUCAUCAUUCCUGGCAACCCUGGCAUUGUCGGCUAUUACAGGACCUUUAUGGAAUCAUUGUACCGUGGCUUUAAUGAGAAAUACCCAGUGUGGGCUAUUAGCCAUGCAGGACACUGCUCACCCCCUAAAGGCAUGGACAUGACGAACGAUACUGAAAUAGACCCCAUUGAAGAUAUAUUUGGAAUUAAUGGACAGAUAGAACACAAACUGUGUUUCCUGAAGAAGAAUGUACCAGUUGAUACUAAACUGAUUCUAAUUGGGCAUUCCAUUGGUUGCUAUAUAAUACUGGAAAUGAUGGAGCGGGCCAUAGACCUUAAGAUUCUACAAUCAAUAUUGCUAUUUCCCACAAUCGAGAGGAUGGCUCAAUCACCGCAGGGCAAAAUCAUGACCCCUCUGUUGUGCAACCUGCGCUACGUUGUCUACAUGCCUCUCUAUCUUCUCUCCUUUUUGCCUGAAAGUGUUCAAGCAUCACUAAUAAAAUUUGUCCUGCGAGGAAUAAAGUCUGUGGAUGAAUUCUCAGUCACGGCCUCCUUGAAUCUCUUUCGAGUGGACUGUGCAGCAAAUGCGAUGUACAUGGGAGGGCAAGAGAUGAUGCAGGUUCUAGAACGAGACAACACAAUUAUCCAGAAAAACCUAAGCAAGAUUAUUUUUUACUACGGAGCAAAUGACAACUGGUGCCCGGUCCAAUACUAUGAAGAUAUCAAGAAGGACUUUCCUGAAGGCAAUAUAUGGCUGUGUCAAAGAGGAAUCAGACAUGCCUUCGUUCUCGACUCAAGUCGGGAAAUGGCUACUAUGAUAAUAGACUGGUUAAAAAACAAGCAGACAUGAGGGCUGUGUUGCAAUGAAGCUUUUUUUUGUUGUUUUUGUUUUUUUUAAACUUCUGUAAAGUUUCUGUCAAGUAGUAAUUCAGUUUUAUGUGGCUCCAGUAAUGUAGAUUAUACAAUGACAGGAUUUUUAUGUAGUUUAGAUAUAGUUUAGGAUGAAUUAUUGCCAUUCAGUUCCAGCUUGAACACACUUGAUUUCCUGCCAUUGAUAUGUUGGCUGCACAUUAGGACCAAAAGUGUCACUCGGGAAAUGUGCAAAUCAUGCAUGGGGUGGAGAGAUCUGGGAAGGUGAAUCUAACUUUAAAAUAAUAAAUAUAUAAUAUGAUUUCUAAAUAAGGAAAUGAAGAUACUCACUACCAAUGAGGCUUGGCUGACAGCUCUUUAAACUGGGGGCCGAAUUAUAUCUACUUGUGCACGCCUUUUAUGCUUUCAAGUUUCACUUGACUUACAGCUAUGCAUGUAACCUUGUAGCAGUUUUUGGGAUAUAUUACAAAUAAUUCUUUGCCAGCCCAACUCACUGAGAUUUAACGGAAUCUUACGCUUGUAACACCUGGAAGAUUACAUCUGGAUUAGGUGGUGGUAACCUGUCAGACCAGGUGUAGCGAGAGGUAGAUCUCUACAUGUAGUAAAACAACACCUCCCAUGAUGCUUUUCCAUUAUUAAGGCUGGCAAGGCAUCAUGGGAAUUGUAGUUAAAGGGACACUCCAGGCACCCAGACCACUUCUGCCCUUUGGAGUGGUCUGGGUGCCAACUCCCACCACGCUUAACCCUGCAAGUGUAAUAAUUGCAGUUUUUAUAAAUGAAAACACGAAAAGUGUUUUAAACGUCGCUGGACGUCCUUGCGCUAUGCAUGAGGACCUGUAGCGAAUCCUCAUAGGAAAGCAUUGAAUAAUGCUUUCCUAUGGGGAGGUCUAAUGCA